CUAUUUAAUACUUAAUCAAAAAGACAGAUGGGAUGAAAUGCAAGUAUUAAGGACUCUACAGCUAAAGGCAGGCCUCACAAAGGAGGUAAUCUUACAUUAAAUAGCAAGCAAACUUAUUCAACAAAGGAAGGUAAAAAUACUCAAUUAUCCAAUAACAAACCAGGAACAACACAGGGAGCAAUGAAGUCGAAGUCUAAGCCGAAAAAUAGCCAUAAAAAAUCCAAGAAAGAAAGCUCUAAGUUUGUUUUCAAGGAAAAACUCAAGAAAAUCAUAGACAAAGCCUCCAAGAGACCUAAAUCUUCUGCUAAGAAGCAGAAGAGACCUUCCUUGCCAAAGGCAGAAUCUAAGAAGUCAAAGAAAGAUAGAGAAAUUCGGGCCAAGAAAAAAAUCAAAGAAGAAAGAUAAGAAGAGAAAAAGCCAGCAAGAAGCCUUCAGGGGCUCCUGAGGUUUAUCAAGCUGAAUGCAUUGUCUAACUUCUUCCUUGACAGUCUAGCUUUGGGUCUUAGCUGUCAGAAUUAGACAGAAAGUAAGAUCGAAAAGUAUCAUUUUGAAGUGAAAAGCCUUCUUUCUUUAAAAUCUUUCUGAUAAAUUUU